AUGAAUGUGAUAUUUAGUAUUUGUUUAAUACAAUUUUUCGCUGAAUUUAUAUCAGCUGAAUUGUACUGUUAUUCUUGUACAAGUGCUCAAUCAGGUUGUGGUGAUCCAAUUGAUGUAAGAUUAAUUCAUUGGAAGAAAUGUUCUGGUCGAACGUUAAUUGAAAAUUAUUGUGUAAAAUUAAUUGAAAAAGUUCAAGAUCAAACUACUGUAACUCGUGGUUGUUUAAGUGAUUUAAUAAUAAAUACACAAUAUCGUUUAGAUAUGCCACAACUUCGUCGUCAUGGUUACUGUGUUAAUUCACGUGAUUAUCAACAUUAUUUAUUAGGAGUUUUACAAGGAAAAACUUUAGUGGAAACAGCUAUGGGAUUAUUUAGUGAUGAGAAUAUGGAUUUUAAACGUUUUUGUUAUUGUAAUGAUUGGAAUGGUUGUAAUCAUGUAAAUAAUUUAAAAGUUUCAAUAAUUUUAAUUUCUUUUAUUAUAAUAUUGACACUUUUAUGGAUUCAUUGAAAUAUUUAUAUUUUUUAUUAGUUAUUUUUUUCUGUUUUCAUUAUUACGCUACUUUUAAAUUUAUAAGUAGUUAAAGUUAUUCAACUAAAAAAUAUUCGACUACUGAUUAUUUUAGAAUGUAUAUAAUCAUAAGUGAAUGUUUAAAACUGAUAAUUUAUAAUGUUUGAUAAUAUUUUGUAAAUUAUAAAAAGAAAAGUUUGUUUAUAAUAGAAAAGAUUUUACAGCUAAAGGUUUGAUUCUAC